AAAGACGUAGAGUGGUUCGAGAACGGGACGAGGGAAGACUGCUUAAGGAAGAGGGGACAUGAUAACAAAUAUUUAUGCAUUAAUUAUGACAUUGAUAAUAACGACGAGCUUGCCAGGGCUUGGCACUAAAGUAUCGUUACGCACAAUACAGGAUUUGUUUUUGGUGUGCGUUUCUCUUUUAGAAAACGUAGACUCCUAAGCAGGUUUGUACAACUCUUACUGUUGCGAACGAGGUGGAUGUCAAGUUCUUAUUGAAAAUACAUACGUGUACAAUUGAGACAUUGUAUGUCACCACCGGGCAAGACAGCAAAUAUGGAUACAGUUGCGCAAACAGGUGCCGGAUUUGUUGACAGAACGCAUAGAAGUUUUGUCCAGACACCGUUAUUCGUGCUCAUGGUUUAGGGCGAGUUGGUAAGCUUUGAAACGUGUUGUAAAGCACGGGGUUCUCAGGACUAAAUGCGCCUUUCCUGCUAUUCUUCUCCUCUUCUCAGCGCUUCCUGCUUAUGGUGGCCACCGCACUUCAUGGCUAAAAAUGCAGAACUCAAAAUGGACAGCUAAACGGAGUUGAACUCUUCCGAUGGGUUCUUAUUGUCCAAUGAUCUGGAUAUUCUACAACCACCUGAUGCUCAUUUUGGUAUGAUGUGAUCCAUCCCGUGUUCUACACGGUCGUGGUUUUGCUAUAGUUGAAUAAGUUCACCUUUAUUUCAUAUCUCAAGAAGCAGCACCUAAUCAUUGGUCAAUAUGUGACAAUUUGUGGUAUAGUAAUAGAGUAAUUAAGUGAGCUAUGUGCUCAAACCACGCAUUGAGAAACCAUACCACAACAAUCGAGUAGAAAUUGGUUUUAUGGAGACAAUUCUGCCUUUUUACACAUUGGCACAUUUGGUAGGACUGGUCACAUCCAUGGCCUCUGUUUGAUUGUUGCCAGCUCUAAUGGAAACAUAUGCAGUCCAUGAGAGACAUUUUUUAUCCUGUUGUCUUUGAACACGGUUGUGUUCCUGUUGGCCAGGUCUUUGAACAAAUUUCAUUGGUCCCUGAUGAGCCAACUAGACACAGACGAACGGGAGAGAGGCACAAUAAAGUACAUUAUUGUACUUUCUUUUCAAAACCAUACAGAAUCAAACCCAGUGUCUGAACAUCUGCUCGUUGUGGCUCCAUGGAGCCGCUGAAGAACAUUUUUACCCGCGGCCCACUGUCGAACUGGAAAGGUCUGGAACAAUCACAAAAAGGGACCUUCACCAAUCCCGUGUGGACGGCUUUAUUCGACUAUGAGGCGUCCGGUAAAGACGAGCUCACCCUCCACAAAGGAGACCUGGUGGAAGUCCUGUCGCUGGACUCUGAGAUAUCCGGUGACGAGGGCUGGUGGGCGGGCAAGGUCAACAACAAAGUGGGCAUCUUUCCCUCAAACUAUGUCUCCUUCAAGCCUCCUUCAUAUGGGAAACUGCAGGGCAAUGGAGUCGGCGUGGUUGGGGAGCUUGGGCCAGCCGUAGUGGGGGUGGGGGAGUUCGAACCCGAGGCCGUGGAUUUCAGGGAACUGAGCCUCGAGGAGGUCAUUGGGGUCGGCGGCUUCGGCAAGGUGUAUCGCGGUACGUGGAGAGGUGGGCUGGAGGUGGCCGUGAAGGCGGCUCGCCAGGACCCAGACGAGGACAUCAGCGUGACGGCCCAGAACGUGCGUCAGGAGGCCCGGCUGUUUGCCAUGCUUACUCACCCCAACAUCAUCGCCCUCAAAGGGGUUUGCUUACAGGAACCCAACUUGUGCCUCAUCAUGGAGUACGCAUCCGGUGGCCCGCUGAGCCGUGCGCUGGCUGGGCGCCGCAUCCCGCCGCACGUCUUGGUCAACUGGGCAGUACAGAUUGCUAGAGGGAUGCUCUACCUGCACACAGAGGCCAUCGUUCCUGUCAUCCAUCGUGACCUCAAGUCUAACAACAUCCUCCUGGCCCAGCCUAUGGAGAAUGAUUGUAUGGAAGGGAUAACUCUGAAGAUCACAGACUUCGGCCUGGCGCGGGAGUGGCACAAGACCACCAAGAUGAGCACAGCGGGCACCUACGCCUGGAUGGCACCGGAGGUCAUCAAGUCCUCAACCUUUUCCAAGGGCAGUGACGUCUGGAGCUAUGGUGUUCUAUUGUGGGAGUUGCUGACAGGGGAGGUUCCCUACAGAGGAAUAGAUGGUCUGGCAGUGGCCUACGGGGUGGCCGUUAACAAACUCACCCUCCCCAUCCCCUCCACCUGCCCAGAACCCUUUGCCCAGCUCAUGGCAGAGUGCUGGGAUCAGGACCCACACCUUAGGCCCAACUUUGCCUCCAUCUUGGUUCAGCUAACUGCUCUUGAGAGGCAGGUGGUGGAGGAGAUGCCUCAGGACUCCUUUCAUUCCCUACAGGAGGACUGGAAACUGGAGAUCCAGGACAUGUUUGAUGAGCUCCGAGCCAAGGAGAAGGAGCUGCGUUGCCGCGAGGAGGAGCUGAAGCGCGCGGCGGUGGAGCAGAAGUCUCAUGAGGAGUUCCUCAGGCAGAGGGAGCAGCAGCUGGCCCAGUGGGAACAGGAUGUGUUUGAGAGGGAGCUCAGUCUCCUCAUCCUGCACAUGAACAACCAGGAGAAGCCCAACGUCAAGAAGAGGAAGGGAACCUUCAAGAAGCACAAGUUGAAGGGCAGUAAGAACGGAGAGAAGAUCAGCAUGCCUCAAGACUUUAUCCAUAAGAUCACUGUCCAGGCGUCUCCGGGGCUGGAGAAGAGACGCAACUCUCCCGAUCUGGGCACCGGCACCUCUCCUUCUUUCGGCCCACGCUUCCGAGCAAUCCAACUCAGCCCUAGUGAGAACAGCAGGGCGUUUGGUCUGAGCUCCAUGUGGCCCCUAGAGGCCCCUCCACACAACAAGCAGGCCAACGGGGACCGGCUGGGGCCCCACUGGAGGCCCCAGAGCCCUAAGAGCCCCAAAGUCCUGCGCCUCAGCCCACAGGAGAGCAGUCUUUCAAUGAGAGCCAAGCUUCUGGACAUGGACAGCAAUGAGAACGGAGAAUCCAAGGAUGACUUUGAGGAGUACAGACCCUCCACCCCUGUCCAAAACGGCUCCUCGGUGAAAGAACCCCCAAGGCCUACUCUACCUCAGGGGGACUCUGGCAUCGAGGAGGGGGUCCCGGCCGGCUCCCCCAGGCCUGAGCACCGCUCCCUGGGAGGCUUGCUGAGGAGCACCCACCGGGCCCUCCUGGGCGGCGGCUCCCUCCUGGCCUCUGUGGCCCUGGGACGACACCUGGACGUGCCUCACAUCCCUCCCAGGGUUCCCCCCCGGACUAAUCCCCCGCCCCUGGACCACCCCCACCUUCUGCAGGAGGUCCCCAUCACAGCCCUCAAAAUCCCCUCCUCCUCGGACCCCCCAGUGGUGGAUGACCUUAUCUCCUUCUCCAACUUGGAGCACCUCCCCCGGCCCCUCUUUGACUUCCCCUGCGCCCUGCACGCCCCCGGGGUGAAUCCCCUGCCCCUCACUCCACCUCCGCCUCACCGCCGGGAUAGGGCCUGCCACAGGCACGCCCAGACCCCUCAGAGCCCCCGGAGCCCCCAUUACCAAGUCCAGAGGCAGGCUAGCCCAGCAGACUGGGCCCCGUCCCACCACCAUACCAAUGGGGAGGCAGGCUGUGACACCUGGGGCCAGGGGUCAGACAGGAGGAGGAGGUCCAGCCAAGGCCUGCUCUCUGCCUCUCAACUAGGCCUGGACCUCCCCAUGUGCCAGGACAGUCUGGAGUCAGAAGACAACCCCUUGGCGGUCCCCUUCUCCCUUUUCCCUGACCCUCGCCUCUGGAGCCCCAAAACACGUCGCCUGGAGGUCAACGUCAUCCCCCGCCCGCGCCCCUCCCCCAUCCGACCCCGCAUCGACCCCUGGAGCUUCGUCUCUGCUGGGGGCGGUGGCGGAGUGUUCGGUGGUGCCCGCAGCCCUCGACGGUCAGAUAGCCACCCAUUGGGGUACCAGCCCUCGCCCACCAACCCCUUCACGAACUGUGACCCCUUCCCCUCCCCGGAAUGCGACCCAUUCUCCCUGAGAGCCGACCCAUUGUCAGGCAUUACGCUCGACACGCCCUCGCCCUUUGACCCCUUCUCGCCACCGUUCCCCACCUCCCGCUCGGCGCCCUGCUCCACCAACGGGUCCCCAACCCUGCCCACGUUCCGGGUGGUGCCUCUGAACCCGGCCGACUCGCCGCUUAUCGACCUGGGCUGGGCGGCGGUGUGUGGGGUCGGGGUCAAGCCCCUGGAGGUCACCAAAGAGAAGACGCGACCCGGGAGGACUCUGGGACUCAAGCCCUUCAAGUCCCCCACGCAGCCCAGAGACGAUUGCUUCUAAACUAAACCUCCAACCCUGACCUUGCCUUUCUCAUAGCACAGAGUUUAUAGAAGGAAUGCGGCCCCCAGCCCCCUAAAUGGACAGGUACAGGUUGUGUAUAUCCUGUCUUAGGAAUGAGGAGGAUUUGGAGUCCUAUUCAAAACAAAAAUGCACAUGACACUCAUGCAUGCCCCCCUUUAGGGGAAUUGUGGAAAAUGGGGUGCCCAAACAGUGGAGUGGUUUCGUGUUGCCUUAGAAACCAACAAGGAAGCUAAGCCUGCCUGCCAUCUAGCUCCGUGACAAUGGAUUGUGGGAGUGGAUUUCUGUGCACAACAAACCAACGUCUGAUGCCCAUUUCAUUCCAAAGGAUUUCUCUCUCACAUCUAUUUUGGAGAGUCCGAUCGGUGGGCUUCUCCAGACUCAAUCAGACGUCCCUCUAUCGCUUCCACUCGUGUCUCUCACUACUUUUUGAAGUGUGUGGAUAAUACGAAGCUGGAAACAGCAGCUUGCUUUAUCUGUGGCUCUGAAAGCAUUCAGGGCCUUGGACAUUUUUAGAGUGCAAUUUGCUUUAUAAAGCAUUUUAAAAGGUUUCUGGUCUUGAGUGGUGAACCUACUUCAGAACCUAUUUUCUAUGAUUUGGCUUAAAGGUGCAAAGGACUAGGAGCUAAGUGAAGCUAGGUGCAAGAUAUGACGAUGAUUCUGGUCUUACCCUCGACAAACAAACAAAUUCUCAAGCGUGUUUGUCUCUCUCUGCAAUAAAUAGCGUGUGAUGGGUCAAUGUGAGAGAGUACUCCAAGUAUGGCUACAGAGGUGCCAUAUCAUCCAAUCGAUAAUUCCUUAGAGAUCCCCUGGAUAUUAAAGCCAAACAAACCCAGGACCCAGGCAUUCCAACAGGAAAAAGAUAACAUUCCAACAACAUUCUGACCACAUUCCCAAAAUGCGACUGAUAUAUUUGGCAGGUCAGCAGGCGACAAAGCCUGGGGAGACUAGAGGCGCCUCAAAGCACAUUCCGUUCAUGUGGCUGCUUCAGCCCACAGCGUUAUACAUGUUUGCCCUUACAGUAUGGCAGAGUGGUAGGGCGCAUAACUAUAGCCCCUCCCCCGUUUGUCCAGUAUUAUCUACCAGGAUUGGUUGUGACCAGUCCAACAUGGGAAAACUGUUACAUCUUGAUUGGAUGAAAUCCUGGAAGUAGCAACUUAAAGAGGAUCACUGACUAUUACACUAAUUUCUUAGUGACUAAUUGGAAGUUUAGAAGGGUGAAGCUACAGUAUAAUAGCCUGCAAACAAAUUGAUAUCCUCUCACAAGAAAACGUGCCAUUAGAAUCCAAUGGCUGUUUCGUUCUAGGGGAAGAGAGUUAACCCAAGUGGCAAGCUUUGUAAUUAGUCUUAAUGACUGUGCUGACGAACUGAGUGAUAAUAUUAAUUAGGAUUGUGAUAAGGACAGGGUUAAUUUAUUAACAUGGAGAUAUUUGCCUAAUUGAUACAUUUCCCCCAACAUAAAGUUUAGGCUAAAUGAGUCGGGUUCUUAAAAGGGAUUUAAGCAGUGCUGUUCGAUAGCGCAUCCACGGCAGGAGUCCCCUUUAAUGCGAUUCCAGAUUAUACAGAAGCCUGCCCCCUUUAGAGCAAUGCCUCAUUAUAAGGGCUUGGAGCUUUUCCUGCCCAAUGGACAUGACCAGGGGCCCAGAGUUCUUCGUUCCUGGUCAGGUCGCGGGACCAGGGUCACAGAGUACUCCGUUCCUGGUCAGGUCGCGGGACCAGGGGCACAGAGUUCUUCGUUCCUGGUCAGGUCGCGGGACCAGGGGCCCAGAGUUCUUCGUUCCUGGUCAGGUCGCGGGACCAGGGGCACAGAGUUCUUCGUUCCUGGUCAGGUCGCGGGACCAGGGGCACAGAGUUCUUCGUUCCUGGUCAGGUCGCGGGACCAGGGGCCCAGAGUUCUUCGUUCCUGGUCAGGUCGCGGGACCAGGGGCCCAGAGUUCUUCGUUCCUGGUCAGGUCGCGGGACCAGGGGCCCAGAGUUCUUCGUUCCUGGUCAGGUCGCGGGACCAGGGUCACAGAGUACUCCGUUCCUGGUCAGGUCGCGGGACCAGGGUCACAGAGUACUCCGUUCCUGGUCAGGUCGCGGGACCAGGGGCCCAGAGUUCUUCGUUCCUGGUCAGGUCGCGGGACCAGGGGCCCAGAGUACUCCGUUCCUGGUCAGGUCAGAUGGUCAGCAGAGACUCCCAGCCUUUUACCCACCACUUAUAUCCUCCUUCUCAGGUCAGGCAAACUGCUCCUCUGUUGAUCCAAAGAGAUUGGGUCCGUUUUCGCUUCACGCCAUUGACUACUGACUGGACUGCAUCUCAACCUAUAAGGUGCCUCCCCUCUCUACCUCUCCCCCUAUGUGAUGUGCACAUAACUACUUAGAGACAUAUCAUCUUUGACCUUUGUCAUCGUUCUUAUUGAGAUUUGUUUGAGAGGCAGGUGUGGCCUGAGACUACAGUAUAUGUCAACCCCAAAUCGGUCUGUCAUCAUUUCAUAUCUGAUAAAGAACAGAAAGUGAGCAUUCAUUCCAGGCGAAGAUACAUGUACUAUGGAAUUUAAAUUGUGAUUCAGUGGAAAUAAACAGCUAGCGGCGUCAAUGUCUGAGUCGAUAAGGGCAGUCCAGUGCAACUCUGAGUAGGAGUGGCCUAGUCAUCACCAAAGGACAAGGAGAUGGCCAAGGAUGUUUAGGAUUAUAAAAGUCAAUUGCAAAAAGUAAUUUUAUUCCCAUUCAUAGUAUUACAAAUUGGUAUUUCAAAAGGGUCCUUUCUAGGUUUAGUUUGUAGAUUUUUAAACCGUCCAUGCAGUGCCCUGUGACACUGAAUGCUCAAAUAUACUUGUGUUCCAACCCAACACCCCACGGUGUGUGUGAAUGCCUGCCAAAAAAACGAGUGUACAUAUAUGGAAUAGGGUGCCAUUGAAUAUAGAGCAGCUCCUCCGCUCUGCGCCCCUGGCUUUUCCCUCUCCCAUCAGAGUCAUCUAAAGCUGUGGCAGGUGUGUUAUUGCCUACUAUACUAGUCCAUACAAGAACCCUGCACUUUAGCCUCAACAUACAAGUCAACAGACAACCCCUGUAAUUCCCAUAGGGAUGAAACUGAGACUGAUGGUCGAAAUUGUCGCAAGAGCAUCGGUAUUGCUGCCUGUCUCGUCGUGUGUCAGUCUGUCUCGGUCCAAGCCCUCAUGUCCGUCUCAGUUCUUCAAGGUCUUAUCUGUGAUAUCCUUUAGACCACACGCUGCCAGUCGGAUGUGUCCAACCCUUUAGAAGCUGUAGUGUAGUGCACAGAUAACCCCAAAGAGAGUUUACUCAAUUUAUGCCUCUCUACAUUUUUUGUGAAGUUGUAUGUUUGCUUUACUAAGGGCACAGUCACUAUCCACCUAUGUGAUGAUCUUGUGUAGAUGAUCAGUUUGACUACGUUUGAUUGUUUUAGGUCAAGAGUCAGAGUGAUCAGUUUGAGGAGUCUGUUUUGAUCUUGGCAAGCCAUCAGACAAGCAGAGACAGUGGAAUCUCCCCUUCAUGUUGGGUGUCAUACUACACUGGCAAUGAGAUUGAACAUUUUCAAUUUUCUUGAAAUAACUAGCUGUGUUUGUAUUUAUUAUGGAUCCCCAUUAGCUGCUGCCUUAGAUGGACUCUUCCCAGGGUCCAGCCAAAUUAAGGCAGUUAAAACGAUACAAUACAUUCACAACACAUUAAGUGUGUGCCCUCAGGCACCUUCUCCACUGCCACUUAUCUACAAUACAAAAUCCAUGUGUGUGUGUGUGUUUGUGUCUCUUCACAGUCCCUGCUGUUCCAUACUGUGCAAAGGUCAUUAGACGAUAAUGGGCUGACCUUUCGGUUGUACACAAUUCAAAUUCCCUCAUGAUGUCUGGAUAGAAUCAAAAGUCUACCUUAUCUCCCUGGCCUUAACCCAAUUGAAAGAAAAAAACCUCCGCCCUUGUUUCUCUCUUUUGAUUAUCUCCAUGGUCUUCUAACCUGGUCAUGGUGAUGACAGGUUUUUGGACAGGAAGCUAGAUUCCUUGAGCGCUCCUAGACCGCUGUCGGGUCGCGCCGCUGGUCCCUUGAUUGAUGCGGACGACAGGCGGCGCUCCAAUAAGAAUCUCCUGACGAGUUGUUGGUGACGCGCCGUCCUUUCAGGCAUGGCCUCAUCCGUCAUGGCGAAUCGGCGCCCCCCCCAUCUGUGCUGACAGGCCUGAAUGAAACAGAACUUUUCAGAGGAGGAGAGGAAAGUAAAAGCCAAUAGACCAUGUUAGGUCUCUAGGACAAAUGCUGGCUUCAUUCAUGCAUACUUUGUCCAUUUGUGUCAAGCCUUGAGGUGUAUCAGUUAGUAACAUAACCAAAUUAUUGAAGCUCUUUUGUUUUCACUUAACAAAUCGCAACGGGUCUAUUACGGUAAUUGCUUCCUGCCUCAGCCAAGGCAUGCUCGCCCUCUCCUUCAUCGUUAGUGGAGAUUUAGGGCCGGACGCGGCUCAUUUACCCAGCAUCCUCGCUACUUACCUGGACUGAAUGAAUUAGACGUUCAUUCAAAUAAACCCAAUUUAUGGACUCCAUUUCCACCCUCUCGUACCCAGCUAUUAUUACCAGAGGGGGAUUAUGUCUCUUUGUGAACACCUGUCAUGUACUUUUGUUCUGCAUGAUGUUGUCAAACAAAAUGAUUAAAGAUUACCUUUACCUACCGUGGGGGAAAAUAGUCUCUAGGGAGCUAACAAUGUGUGAGGCUAAGCCAAUACCAGGUGUCGUCUAGUUCUGAAGCCAGCUCUUAAGCCUAUUUCUCAUCCAUUUUCGUCUGAAUGCUCUUCAAGGUCACAAUCGGUUGUCCUCUCGUUCAAAUGAUAACAGUUAAGAUGCCUAAGUCAAAUAAAUGAGGCAGAUUUGUUUCCAAGACAACCACUCUAGACAACCACACUUGGGCUAAGGCACUGCAUCUCAGUGCAAGAGGCGUCACUACAGUCCCUGGAUCGAAUCCAGGCUGCAUCACAUCCUGCCCAUAAGGCAGAACACACAUUGGCCCAACGUCAUCCGGGUUUGGCCAGGGUAGGCUGUCAUUGUAAAUAAGAAUUUGUUCUUAACUGGCUUGCCUAGUUAAAUAAAGGUUGAAAAAAAAAAUAUAUAUAUAUAUACACACACACACACACACACACACACACACACACACACACACACACACACACACACACACACACACACACACACACACACACACACACACACACACACACACACACACACACACACACACACACACACACACAGGGAUGAUUCAAAAUAUAGUACACUUUAGUGGGAGUGAUUGGCUGUAGACUAAACAAUUACACGCGCAUGUGCUUUUGACACAUCUUUGUUAAUUGCUCAUACAGGUAACGGCUUUCUUUCUUACACUCGGUCAAUAGUCAAACAGGACAACAAUAAGAGCAGUUUGGCUACGGAGGAGACGCAUCUAGACCUUGGAACUAAAUAACCACAGAUUGGCCCAUGCGUCGUUCUCCCACACUUUAUGAACCGAACUGAAUUCUGGGUAGCUGCUUUUAUUUUUUUUUAUCUAACCUUUAUUUAACUAGGCAAGUCCUUACACAAAAGCAUAUGGAACACGAAAAUUGAAUAAACCAAAUUAAACCAAAUAUUUCUGAUGGAGCUGUCAGAGAGGGUUACCCUGUCAACCUGAAUUAGACUGAUUCCGAUAAAUGAAGUAUCUGAUUUCUCUCUCUUGUCCUUUCAGUUUAUUUGAGUAAACAGUUCAGAUGCAAGAUAUGUGGGGGGGUGUUUGUUGGUAUAGGUCAUCUCACUAAAGUCCUGCUUAAAUAGACUAAUCAAAAUCGUCCAACAAUAAGUAACCUAUAAAAGAUGGUUUGGAUGGUGCAAUUCCCUGGGAUAUGUUCGGACUCAGAUAAUCACAGUACACAGUGCAUUUGGAAAGUAUUCCAACAUUUUGUUACGUUACAACCUUAUUCUAAAAUGGAUUAAAUUGCCCCCCCCCCUGCAAUCUACACACAAUAUCCCAUAAUGACAAAGCAAAAACAGUUUUUUAGAAAUGUUUGCUCCUUUAUUACAAAUAAAAAAACAGAUACCUUAAUUACAUAAGAAUUCAGACCCUUUGCUAUGAGACUCAGGUGAGCUCAGGUGAAUUGAGCUCAGGUGCAUCCUGUUUCCAUUGAUCAUUCUUGAUGUUUCUACAACUUGAUUGGAGUCCACCUGUGGUAAAUUCAAUUGGACAUGAUUUGGCAAAUUCUAAGCGGGCAAUCAUGUGCCUUUUACUGAGGAGUGGCUUCCGUCUGGCCACUCUGCCUUAAAGGCUUGAUUUGGUGGAGUGCUGCAGAGAUGAUUGUCCUUCUGGAAGAUUCUCCCAUCUCCACAGAGGAACUCUGGUGCUCUGUCAGAGUGACCAUCGGGCUCUUGGUCACAUCCCUGACCAAGACCCUUCUCCCCCGAUUGCUCAGUUUGGCCGGGUGGCCAGCUCUAGGAAGAGUCUUGGUGGUUCCAAACUUCUUCCAUUUAAGAAUGAUGGAGGCCACUGUGUUCUUUUCGGGAUCUUCAAUGCUGCAGGAAUGUUUUGUACCCUUCCCCAAAUCUGUGCCUCGACACAAUCCUGUCUCGGAGCUCUACAGACAAUUCCUUUCACCUCAUGUUUUUUUGUUGUUGCUCUGACAUGCACUGUCAACUGUGGGACCUUUAUAUAGACAGGUGUGUGCCUUUCCAAAUCAUGUCCAAUCAAUUGAAUUUACUACACGUGGACUCCAAGUUGUAGGAAAAGUCUGAAUAGUUAUGUAAAUAGUUUUAUAUACUUUUUUUUUUCAACAAUUUGGAAAACCUGUUUUCGCUCUGUCAUUAUGGGGUAUUGUGUGUGUAGAUUGAGGGGGGAAAAUGUAUUUAAUCCAUUUUAGAAUGAGGCUGUAACGUAACAAAAUUUGAAACAAGGGAAGGGGUCUGAAUACUUUCCAAAUACACUGUAGUAUUCCUUACCAUGACCAGCUCCCAUCAGCUUGCUAUGGAGUUUUAUAUAGGGUGACAAGUGAUAGAAUAUCCUAUUUUUAUAAUGGCUCUUUUUUCUUUUUGAAACACUGGACUUAAAACAUUUUGAAGAGGGCCAGAGACUGUCUACAUUAGGAUGCUUGAUUGCUUCAUAUUUUUGGACGACAUAGUUUUUAAUUGUAUUUCACAUUAGGUUUUCACUGGAGUAUUUAAGAUGGAACAGUAUGGGUGCUUCAGUGGGGGAAAACUCUUACGUUCCUGCUUCCAAAUUGAACCAAAUGGUUCUGUAAAAUCUCUCUAGGCAUAAAUAUUUUUCGAGCGAUAUCCUUCUGACUUGUACAUUGAACAAGAUCCCAACCGGAAAUCCAUUCGAGGCACCCAUACUGAUAGCAGUCUAUCAACCUAGUAGAGAUGAGGUCUUCAGUUUGACUGAAAUAUGUCUUGACAACAGUGGACAUUUUGUGACCUCCUCCCUGUCUUUGUAGAAUAUAUAUUUGCUUUCUUCAAAACAUAGGCUAUGUGAUGAGUAUUAUGUUGCAUUUCCUGGGGCUCUAUUCAGUCUGUAUCGCUGAAGCGUUACAAAUUUUGCGAAUAGAAAUUUAAAGGUAAUUUCUGAGUGAGCCGACAUAUGCAGCAUUUACCUAGAAUGCUGUCUCCGCCAACGUGGGAACAUUGCCUUUAAAUUUCAGCUUGGCAAUAGGAAUUGAAUAGGGCCCUUGGUUUCUGCUCGUAUGAGUUUGUCGUUGGGCUUUGAGAGGAUGUCGUCAUUUGUUGAGUUGUUUGUGAAAUCCGCACUGGGCUGGGCCUAAUCAAAAACUAUUUUAUUGUUGUGCAUCAGAGGCGUGUUUGUGUGUAUGUGUAAGAAUGUAUGAACUUGUUUUUUUUGUUCUUGAUUAUUUUAAUGGGGUUUAACCUGUGGAAAAACAUAAAGGAAACACUCAAAGAAAACGAGACCAAAUAAAAUGUAACACAACCCUGA